AUGAGUGGCGAAGUUGGGACAAAGAAAUAUGACUUCUUUAACCUUGUAGGCUGUGAUCCGGCAAACGUAACUGCAGAUGUCGGUGAGUGCACCGUAAUCGAAAAUGAACAUUACGUUAAUGGCCUCUAUUCUACUGCAGUAACCAUCUGUAAUUGUGAUAACGGCGACACGUGCAAUCGGGGCGAAACGAAGCAAUUCAGCCCGUUCCUCCUUGUCGUUUUGGCAGUUCUGUGCAAAACAAUUAAGUUGCAACUUCUGAAUUAA